AUGGAUCAAGCAAAGUUGGCGCGUAUGCAGGCGUCGGUGCGCAUUGGUAUCGGCAAGGGAACUCCUCGCCGAAAGGUCAAGAAGGUCCACAAGAGCGCCGGCACCGACGACAAGAAGCUCCAGACGGCGUUGAAGAAGCUCAAUGUCCAGCCCAUCCAAGCCAUUGAGGAGGUCAACAUGUUCAAGACCGACGGCAACGUCAUUCACUUCUCGGCACCCAAGGUUCACGCAUCAGUACCCGCCAACACCUUCGCCAUCUACGGACACGGUGAGGACAAGGAGCUCACAGAGCUCGUUCCCGGCAUCCUCAACCAGCUCGGCCCCGACUCGCUCGCGUCGCUGCGCAAACUCGCCGAAUCCUACCAGAGCAUGCAGAAGGAGAAGGGUGAGGACGGCGAGAAGAAGGACGAUGACGACGAGGACGAUGAUGACAUCCCCGAGCUCGUCGCCGGCGAGAACUUCGAGUCCAAGGCUGAGGUCGAGUAAGAAGCUACACAGAUAGUAGCCUAGAAAGACCGGGUAGAGCCAAGGAGGACGUCAUGUGCAGUGACUACCUUCCGCAUAUAUAUUGUUAUGAGGGUCUUCAUGGAUGCAAUGAUCAUCAUGAUCAUGAGUUGCAGUGGGUCUUGCAUGCAGAUACCGGGCCGGCGUUAUCUGGGAAAAGAUAUGAAUGAAAAUCUUCCAGCAUGCUCCCA